CUCUCGAGAACAUUAAACAUUUAUCAGAAAGGGUUUCAUAGUUAUGCCCAAAAAAUUCUUGAAAAUUGCCUUUAUUUUCAACCGCCACAGUGGUUUCCCGCCCUAACCUCCGUAUCAUUGUAUUUGAACUAAACUUUUUAUCGUCUAACUAGAAAUAAAAGUAAAUCCAGUGAUAAACACGAGUCCAAAGCGAUAUCUAUAGCUGUUGUAGAUAGAGGUCUAGAGGUCAGCGAGUAAUGGCAUAUUAUUAAGUAUCUCCCUGUCGUGCAGAGUAAUUUCCUGCUUCCAUUGUAGCAGCACGUGUCAAUUAACCAGUAGAUGUUACAACAAAAAAUAACAAAGGAGCGACGGAGUAAGGUAACCGAUUACCUUACGUUUUGAUGGCAUGUUUUCAUCAGUACCUUCAAUAAGCCACUGCAGACACCUUUAUUAACAGAUAAAAUCCUGAAGUCGCUUAAUUCGAACACCCAGAAGAAAAAAAGAAAAUUGCACAUCGACGUGCUACUAUGAAACAAAACUAUGGUUGCGUAAGAGGCUGGCGACAAAGGCACGCACACUGCUGUCUUUUCCCCCUUUCGGUCUAAAGUUUCCAGGGAUCCGUAAGUCUCAUCUCGAGUAUCCGUGACAUUAACAUAAUAACGACAGACCCGCAAUCCUUGCGGAGUAAUUGGUCGUCGCUAUAGUGUGAAUGGAACUUCGUGCAGUUAAAUGCGCAUAGCGAGUUUGAAGACUCGUCGUCAGCUAGUUUGUAGCCAUUAUUCGAGAUCGAGGCACCUGCAUAGUUGGGGAAAAUAUGCCUCGAAAGAGAAUACGAGCCCACGCCAAUGCCUCGUCUACGUUUCUAUCAUCCUUGACUCUGCAGUUCCACGUGUCAAGCUGCCCUAUCUCUUAAUUCCAUUUAAAGCUAUUUGCACCAGCCAACAAGUUUUAAGUCUGACUUUGGAUGCACUUUGGCGUCCUCGAAAGACUAUCAUUCAUCUGCGUCUUUCGUUUAGUAUUCAAAGCUAUUCAACUCAGCUUCAAAUUAUGUUAACCUUAUCCAUUAGCUGACAAGUUCUAGGUCUGAUUCUGAGUUUGCCACUCGUCUCUAUCUAGAUGGAUAGCUCUUUAGUCGCAGCAGUUAUCGCCCAGUCCCUCCUAAAGCUGGUUGAACCUAACGACUGGCAAGUUUUAAGUCUGCUUCUGUAUUUGGCAUCGGGGGCAGGGAUUAAGCAGUCCUUCUGUAGGAUUCUGACGCCAGGACACUGUCUCUCCCCCGCGCUGGCAGGUGGUUUCGAGCCGUGUUAUUCGAGCUGAGCCGUGUCAGACGUUGCAUGCCGGGAAUUGUUCGAAGAUAGGGUGUUUACGAUCGCAUCGAAAGCACACGAAGUUAGAAUAACCUGUUGAAUCCGCCACGCUCAUUAAUAAACCAUAUAUGGUUAACUAGAUUCGAGGAGCAACGUCAAUCCCGCAUGCCAUAAUUAUUACAAACGAAAACGCAAUUAUUUGACAACUAUUGGCUGGUACCGUUCAACCAUGAAACCAUUAAUGGAAACACGGACUAAAUUUACACGCGAUUGUGGUUGAAAUCGUAUUAUGGCUCUGCCAUCAGUGUGAACGAGUACACCUAGUCGUGAGUGGAUCGUAAUAAUGUAAUUUCAAAACCUGAAACCUCGUUAAACCGUCGCCUCAAACACGGAUUGAUCAUAGAAUCGCUACUAUAAACUCCUUCUCGGUCGAAUAAUGCUGAGAAAUGCUCCUGGUGUCCCUACACUUAUCAAAGAUCUCAAGCUAGAGACCUUAGUAUUCCCAGCGCGUUAAACUUGCGCGAUACUUCGAAGAUUAGAAGUUCCGUUCAACGUGUGCAGGUAAAUCCUGCAUAAAAACCGGGAAACUUUGCCUCUACUGGGGUUUCCGCCCGUAAUUCCAGGUCAGAUACUUACGCAUUAUGUCUACGUUCCCUACUGUUUGCGUUUUACUUGGAAGACCCGAGAGGACGGUGUUUUUCGGGCAAGCUAAAUAUGCAUACAACUUGUCUCGCCCGGCACUCCAACCAGAGUUUACUUUAAUGUUAAAGUAUGCUCUGCAGAGCUCCGGGGGGUGGUGGGAUGUUUAUGUGGAAAGUAUACUCGCUGGUCGCGCGCGUUGACCUUUCAUAUGGGUUUGAGAAACUUCUAUCAUCCUUUCGUUUACAUGGAAUUACCAAGAGAAGUGUCUCCGUUGUUUAAAGUUUAGGAUUACUUUGGCAAUUUUUAAGUAGGCCCGUGGAAUCACCGGAUCACAUUUUUUGGACCACCUACUAUACUAACUGAAGUACGAGGAGUGUAUAUAUAGCAACCGAGGGGUCGGUCGAGCGCUUGUGAGAGCGCGAUCCCUCUGGCGGUGAGCAUGGGAGGCUACAAUAGUAAACAGAUUUCAAGCUAACAGAUUAACUCCUGUAUAAACAAAAAGACGUAUGUAGGAAGGAAUCCCCAAUGUACCAACGUUUGCGUUUCAAACUCUAUCGAAACAUCGACGAUAGGAGGUGGUAGAGUAGAAUUUCGUCAGAUUCUGACAGAUAUCAGGGCUGGCUCAGACCGCGAAACCAAUUCCGAACUCCCGGAAGCGCGAUGCAUGUCGACACUCAGAACCGUUGGCGGUCGAUGUCCCCCAGCAUCUGCAGGAACUUCAAAGCCGCGUUUCGGGAGCAACAGCCUAUACCCUGAACCGUGUUCCGGCGUCUAACAUGCACCCAGGCCGUGUACACUGGAAUGGAAGUCAGUGAGCCAGCAGAGGAGGACGUGGACUUAUCGUUGGGCAGGAUUAGUACAACCACCGGCAUCGAUCGUAUCUCGGAGUCGUUGAACACGACGGUGAGGAACACGUUGCAAGCGGUCACCGUCUCCGUGGACUCGUAUCAGCAGCCCCACGUGAUCUGGACGGUGGUAAAGGGCGUGGUGAUGAUCAGUAUCAUCGUGACAGCGUUGAUAGGCAACACCCUGGUGAUAGCCAGCGUCAGACGUCACAGGAAGCUGCGUGUGCCCACCAAUCGGUACGUGGUCAGCCUGGCCGCGGCUGAUUUCUUGGUGGCGGUAUGCGCGAUGAGCUUCAACGCGUCCGUGGAGCUGACGGGACGCUGGGUGUUCGGCAGGGUCAUGUGCGACGUAUGGAGCUCCCUGGAUGUCUACUUCUCCACGGCCUCGAUCCUCCAUCUGUGCUGCAUCAGCGUGGACAGGUACUACGCGAUCGUCAGGCCCCUGGAAUACGCGGCCAUCAUGAGGAGGAUCACCGUCACCUGUAUGCUGGGUAGCGCGUGGCUUCUGCCAGCUCUGAUCAGCUUCAUCCCCAUUUUCAUGGGAUGGUACGCCACGAAAGAACACCUGGACUAUCUGCGAGACAAUCCUCAGAUAUGCAAAUUCCUGGUGAAUAAACCAUACGCGGUGAUAAGUUCCUCGGUGUCAUUCUGGAUACCUGGCGUGGUGAUGAUCGUGAUGUACUGCAAGAUCUACAAGGAGGCUGUGCGUCAAAGGGAGGCACUGAGCCGUGCCUCCAGCAAUACCGUGCUAAAUAGUGUUCACUUGCAUCGUGCGUCCACCUCCAGGCAUCAUUCCAGAGCGUCUCAUCAAUUAUUGCUGCAUCCGAGCGAUGUCAGCGACUUUGGGAGGCCUAUUUCUUACAGAACCGCCGCGGAGCUGAACGUGGAGAACGGUACAUCGAUACGACAGCAAACGAAAAGCUGGAGGGCCGAACACAAAGCUGCGAGGACGCUCGGAAUAAUAAUGGGCGCGUUCCUCCUAUGUUGGCUGCCAUUUUUCCUUUGGUAUCUGACGACGUCCCUGUGCGGCGAGUCUUGUUACUGUCCAGACACGGUGGUGUCCGUCCUAUUCUGGAUAGGUUACUUCAACAGCGCCCUGAAUCCCCUGAUCUACGCGUACUUUAACCGCGAUUUUCGCGAAGCGUUCAAGGACACCUUGAAGAGCGCCCUCCCGUGCUGCGCGAGCUGCUGGAAGACACCGUCGCAGUUCGUCUAGCGAGAGAAGCCCCCGUGAACAGUCGCACCGGACACGCCAUAGCUUGAGAUCCACGAACGAAUUUGGCGUCAGCUCGUUGGCCGAACGAUCGUCAAACUCCAUGGGGCGAACGAACACGCGGUACCUGCAUUCCCUUUUACACGUCCGCUCCGGUCGGAUUUGGCCGCUCAAGGUCACCGCCUCCAUCGCUGUCCCCACUCUCGUCUCGCGGGAGCUUCAAGGGGACCGGAAUGGUGGGGGAAACGAAGAUGGUGGGGGACGACCACUCGGUGGCCUUGGGCGGCCAGUUAAGUUGGACGUGACUCGGUCGACUCCCACGGCGCAUUCCGCCGGAGUUGAUCGCUGAACGACGGUGCAAUUUAAUUUGCCAAUCGAGAGGAAAUGCAGAGGGUGCCAACCUAUCAUCGAUCAUUCAGCUAGAAGUAUUUACUGCUAAUUUGUUGAAUCGCGAGUACGCCUACGAUAAAUCACACGCUGUGUUAGAGAAACGAUGAAACGACUCGGAAUUGGAGUACCAAAGGGCUCGCAAAACGAAAACCGUGUUUCGUACGUGUGCAUCGAUCAGAUUCUGAUUAUGGUUCGAGACUUCGAGACUUUGAGUCUAUAUUCUCUUUGGUAAAAAUUAAUAAUCAGUUGAUUUCUUUGAUUGGCUCCGCGCGAUAGGUAAAUUUGAUUCGUGGCUUAAUCGAGUGGACAUGAGAAAGAAUACGAAUAUCAAACAGAGUUCCCGAUUUCUCAGUCAGAAUUGGGAUUACUUUCUGUUAUUUUCUAAUUUCGAACGAAAGAUUUUAUUAAAUUUUAACUGCCAGAAAUUGAUCAAAAGAUUUGGAAUUUUCCUUAUUUAAUUCGCCAUCACGAUGAUUGGAUUCGAUUUCCAAAACAAUGGAAACGUUUCCAAUUAUACGUAUCUCUUACAACCGUGGAACGUGCACUAUUUUGUCACGUGAAAAUUCGAUUUUGCCCAGGUGCACACGUACGCGUACAUAUUUAACGAAACGCACGGUUUGCUCCAUCCUUGUCCGAUAGAAUCGAUUACGCUCGGCCAGGCGUUCCGCUUCAAUGAUUUAUUAGAGGCGCGUUAAUUAAUCCGGACGGAAGUAGAGGCCGUGCCCCCGUGAGUUUUGCCAACCGUUCGCCGAGAAACGAGUGCAACGGUAUUUGAGACUGAUUUUAUGCAUUUCUGGACUCGAAUUAAGCCCCUUUUUAGGAACCUCCUGCCCGUGGAUCGCAAUCAGAACCCCCCCCCUCAUUAAGGUCAGCUACUUUGACUGGCUGGUUCCCGACCGUUUGUCACGCUGGAAUUCCAAACUGCUAAUUGCAAGACGCUAAAUCGCUGUUCGCGCGAAAGCUUCGACUUCGAUCCCUCCGCGGCGGUCGCCCGGGGGCGAAUAAAAUCGAACAAGACACUUCUCGUCUCUUCGACGAAGACACUCGGUGAAGUUCUCUGAUCUCCUUAAAGGAUUUCACAGUCGAAGAAAGAAUCCUUUCUUGGGCUUGGAUUUACCUCGAGUGGAAAUUUAUCAGAUGAAUUGCAAGUUGCUCUCGGGGAUGGCAAGUGUUCACAAGUGGUACUGCCGGAAGUCUGGUCAUUUUUUGAUAAUACAGGGGACGAGAAGAACAUUUCACUUCUUCGGUGGAUAUUUCAUUUUACGAUUUUUCACGCCAAAAGUUGCCUUUAAUUUUGGUUAUACUGGAUUAAGAAAGAUUUCUUGGCGCUCAGGAACGGCGAGAUGUAUCGCGGAAACGAGCUGAGUGAUUUAAUAUUUAUAUAUUCGCGCAUCUUGGGGCGCAAACUUUGGUUUCUGGGUUCGGUGGAGCGAGCGUUGAAAGCAGUUUGAAGAAUUCCGCGCACGGUCGGGAACUCGUAAAUGAGUUCGCUGGAUGAAUGGAUUAACAUUUAAACUUCGAGCCGCGGUGUGACGACUGACGACAAUGGUUGUCGACAACCGGAAACGGGGGGCAAAAGAAGAAGAAAAAAAAAUGAUAAGUACUCUUUUUACGUCUUUCGUUGGCGCGCAACGACAUCGCGAAUUUCGUCAGAAAAACACGUGCCGGAAAUGCGUACCUUCGUGGGCGACGAGCUUCGCGGAAGUAGUAGUUAAAAUGCGAUUUUGGGCGCUGCUUGUCCGCCAGUCAUCCAUCUUCGAUCAUUUUUUAUUGUAAAUUCUAGUAAUAAAAUAAAAUAAAAUUAAAUCAAAUUUUAUUUCAUUAGAUUUAAUUUCUUAUUGACUUCCAUUUUGUUUUGUUCUGUUUCAACAAACACAUUUCACUAUUGCAACUAUACAUUACUAAAAAUCUGUAAAUAUACAUGUAAAAUGUAUUGUUUGUAAAAAUGUAGUAUAUUUAAAUGGUUGGGUGCAGAUUCAAAUAAUUUCUUUCUUUCUAUCAAUGAGACAAUAAGAUUAUUAAUCCUUGUACGAUGAAAAUGAUUAAAAAAUACGAUCAGCAGUCGAAUUCAAUAACAAUAAAUCUACUCGAAUUCUCCAAAUAUAAUUCUUGAAAAUGAAGGCCAGAACCAGAAUUUCUAUUAAUUACUGUAGUUUCAUGUUUAAUUUUAAAUAACAGUUGACUCCAAAGUUUAAAAAAAAAUUUUCAAAAAUUGUAAAUCAAGAUGGAUGUAAAUAUUUUGCAAAAGCACUGUCCAGUUGUUCAUAAACCGACCGGCGACCAACCAGCGCGCAGAAUCGUCGAACACGCGUUGACUUUGUAAAUACGUUGUCAACCAUAAACGUAGGAUAAAGGUAACCAGUGCUACCUAGGUGUAAUUAGAGAACAACAAAGCUGUAUUAUCUGUAACGCAAUACUUAUUAACAAUGAAAUUGUUAACGAGAGAAGAGCGCCGGGCUGCGUUCGCAUGAAAUGCAAAUAUCAUGGAACCGAGUCACGAGUUGCUUUCAUAGUCACUUGGAGCUCACAAGUUUUCGUGUAUGGGAUGAGUAAAUUCUACAAAAAUUCUAUGAACUCUCAUCUUCGUCAUCUUUCCUGUCAUAUGUGACCUUUCGAGCACUCUUAGGUAAGAAAUUACAACGAAACCUCGAUAAUUGCGCGAAAAUAAAGAUGGAGGCGCGUGCAUAUAUCGAGGUUCGGGCAAUUAUCGGGGUAAUCGGUUCAACGAAAACAUACUCCACUAUUCUCGCUAAUUCCUGGUUCUUCGACUGCACUUGUUACUAACAAACCACCCAUUUAAUUGUCACUACAGUGCAAUAAACGAGGUUUUACAUGUUUUUCUCAUCGAUACAUUAUUUUUAAAAGAAAAUGUAAACGCUACAAUUUCCAUCGCCUCCUGUCAGCCUAAAGCAAUUUCCUCAGUCAUGUAAUUAUGCUCACACGUACCAAUACGCCUCAGAAACACUAUUUAAGUUCCCAAUGUUGGGUGUCUCAUCCUAUACACGAAAGAGCAACAAAGCCAGCGAUUUGCCGCCACGAGGCACGAAAUAAGGUGGCAAAAGGGUGGUAGAAACUCCUGCACGUGGUAUUGGAUCAAUCAGAGAGAUUUUGUUUGCAAGUGGAAAGCGAAACUUUUCUUUCGUUCUCCACUUCCGGUCCCAGCCCGCGCGUCUCCUCUCUCCGGCGGUAGAGACUCGACUUUUUCUAGAGGACUUGCGAACGCUUUACUUUCAUUCGUACGGCCUAUUGUACGCGUUUAGACUGUAUAAAUGUACCAUAGCAAUAAUAAUCAAGGACUGUACAUACAUUGACGACGAACAACGGUGAGAGUGCGAGCGCGCGUGUAUGUGAAUUGUGUAUGCCCGUCGUUUUUGUAAGUGAUGUUUAAUCGUGUAGCGUGCGUGUUCCGUGUUGCUUUAAAGUGUACACAAUCUUCCCCUCCCCCCCCCUACUACGAGCGACGUAAUUAUUAUCAUCGUUAACCUCACUGCAGGUCGAUAGGUUUCAUGUGAGAUUCCCAGAUGUAGCAGAUAUUCUUUGGGAAUGGUCCAAGGGAAUUCAAAGGACAGCUGGACUGUUUGAACGUCAGUGACUGCUCGUUCGAAUGAAAAUGCAACGCUUUGUUUUUUACCAAUGAAUUUAAACGAUUUUUCUUAUUAAACUACGAUGAUAUUUGAAGUUAACUUUGGUUCCGAAUCUGUGUUGGAAAUGUGAGAUUAACCCCUUGCACUACGAUCUGAAGUUCGAUUGCGUGAGCCCAAAAUUUAAACGAAACUGCCCAGUUUUUGAGAUAUUCCACGGUCUCACGCGUGAUGAUCAGUUUUGGUCCGAAUGUCUGACCACGAGUCUCACGUGUGAUGAUCAGUUUUGGUCAGAAUAUCUGACCCUCGAGUUUCACGCGAGAUGAUCAGUCUUGGUCCGAAUGCUUGACCACGAGUCUCACGUAUGAUAAUCAGUUUUAACCAGAAUACCUGGCCCUCGAGUCUCACACGUGAUAAUCAGUUUUGGCCAGAAUACCUGACCCUCGAGUCUCACGCGAGAUGAUCAGUCUUCGUCCAAAUGCCUGACCACAGGUCUCACGCGUGAUAAUCAGUCUUGGCCCGAAUGCCUGACCACAAGUCUCACGUGUCUCACGUGUCUCACGCGUGAUACUUGUGUCUUACAAGUCUCACACGCGGUUGUAGGACAAAGGGUUAAGAGAUCGAUAUAGUACUGCCAGGUCCAUAAGUUCGUGUGUGUGUUUGUGCUACUGUUUAUGCCAAGAGUCGAAACAGUUACGGAAAUUUUCAUUGCAAAAUAGAAUUUCGACAUCAAAGUGAAAAGAGAUUACAUUGGAAAAGCGAGUGAAAAGCAUUGGUGAAUGUUUAAUUCUUUUUAACACUAGUGAGACCUAGAAUACCAGUCUCAUAACGUUUACUCCUACUGUGACUUUGCCAGAACAACAUUUUUACGUGAAAAUAUUGUGCAUGCAGCGUAGUUUUAUUUUUUUUUUUUGCAGUUCGAAAUAUGCGAAUUUAUGGACCGACCUGAUACAUUUGGGAAUAUCUCAUUCAAAGAGUGAUUUAUAUUUUUGUUAACGUUCGAUUUGUUCCGAUUCCCCUUUUUUUGCACAGAGAAAAUAUAAAUAAUUAAAUUAUAUUCUGAAUUUAUUAUUGUGGAAAAUAAUUUCAUGCGAUAUCUCCCUAUUAAAUUUUCUAACGAUUCUCUUCGAUCAAAGACUAAUAAUAUAUUGUGCCAAAAUUGUUCCGACAUUUUGUGUUAUUCAUAAUUUUCGAGAAGUAAACGAGAUGGAAAACAAACAACAAUAUCGUAAUCUGUACAGAUUAUCAAAAUUCAAUCAAAUUUCACAUAUGUUACCAUAUAACGAUAUACAUAAUUAAAUAUAAAUACUAAGUCGAUACAGUUAGUACAUCUUUUACUAUCUGAAAAGAAACAAAAUAUUUUUUAUUUAUUAUUUCGAAAAGAAAUUUCAGAAAAUUGUUGAUAGGGGCUCGAAAGUACUUUCAGUAAAAGAUUCCGACACUUUUGAUCCGAGAUCCGACGAUUGUAUCGGAAGUUAGCUUCGAAUCCUCUUAUUUUUACAGCUCAGAUGCGUUUAAAAGCCGUUUCAUGGACCUGGAUGGGUAAAACAAAAAGAAAUUGCAGACAUUCAUUCGAUCGAGCGCUGACACUGACCUAGCUAAACGUCAUCGACUGCCUCGAUUCGCUCGAAUUUCCGAUUAAUCCUAUCCGUUAGAUUCGUAUCAUUCGCGAUAACAACAAUCGGCACGGACAUACCAAUAGUGGGAUCCAACAUCGAUAUCGAAACAAAAUCCGCGCUAUUUAAAGGGGAAUUAUAUUCGAAGUAAAUAAAUGGUGUCGAUAGUAUCGUUCUAACUGACAAAUUGCAACUGUAUCCUCCUUCGAGCAUGGAUCGAACAGCCACAGAUACGAUUUCCAAUUGAUUCUAGCAAAUUGACUAUUCGUUCUUCGAGUCAUUGAAACAGAGACACAAAAUUGCAAAAUAUUUCAGAAGAAAUUUCAAAAUGAAAAUUAAACCGAAGUGCAAUAGUAGUCCUCGGUUAUAUGAAAUAAUUUUUACCCGCUCACAUGAAACAGAAUCGUUUAAAUUCUUUUAAGAAAUUGAACACAUCGACACGAGUAAUUAUUUCGAAAAUGAGAUCCCUUCGAUUGCGAAAUUCGAGUAAAUUCGAGCGACGACAGUCCCGUUACCGGAAGCCACGAGCCACGACAAGAUUUGAUUUCCGAUACGCAAGUGUUCCUUUCGACGCAUCGGCGCGAACUUUAUUUUUGUACAUGUACAACACAAGGAUUACUUCGUCGAUGCGUUUAGAUAUUUUCUAUUGGGCUUCCGUUCUAGUAUCACGGUUUAAAUCGUCGUAAUUAGAGCUCCUCUGACGUCGCGUAAUAUACCAAAGAGUACGUGUUACAUUGCAAAUUCGUAGCUUCAAUGUGAGCCAUUGAUUGGAAGGUGCAUUACAACUGAGCGAAGCGGGACAGUAAACACUACUGCAUCAAUCACUAUGCCACUGUUUUCUUUUCACAACCCUACAGUGUAUAAAUAUUUCUUAUUUACAUUAACAUUCUAAAUUUACAGAACCACUCAAAUUCAAAUACAGUGUUGCCUCUCAAGUUGUCACAGAACGAUGGAUCACAGUGACAACAUGAAAGACAAUGCUGAAAUUAACGCACAGAGCAUUUGCGUUGUUUCUGGCGUCGGCGGGACAUUCGACAAAGGAAAAAAAUUCUGCUCAAGCGUGCACUGGAGGGUUGCACGGUAUACUUUUCUUCAUCGCUCCGCGUCGGACGAGCAAUGUUAACGAGACUUACAAUCUCGCGUAAUGCAUACCCGUUGAAACGCCCGAGACUUUCGUAAAUAGCGAGAAACUAUUAUUCGAGAGAAAGUAUUCAGAAAAAAUAAAAAGGAAAAUUGCGCUGUCGCGCAGUGUACGCAUCGGUGGAUAUUUUUUUUUUUUCUCCGUGUCUCCGACCGCGGAAAGCCCCGGCUAUGUAACCUUCGUUCACUCCUCGUAAAAUAAGUGGGUAAUGACCCACAUUCUCGCCUUUUCAACCAGCCUCCCGGCCGGCACGCGUUCAGAGGCGCGAACACGAUGGGAGGCCCUCGAGAUUUACAUAAAUUUCGACGAGGCCAACGAAUCCAUCGCUGCAUAGCAACAAAUUAAAAAACCUUGUUUUUGUAUGAAACCAUCAAAGUUUUACAGGUGAAUUAAAUAAGAUUCCAACUAUCGAAUCGUGGCUGACGUGAUUCAAUUCGUGGAAUUUUAAAUAGAAUCGAAAGAAGGUGGAAUUGGUGAAUAAUUACUCGCGAUCGAAGCCAAGAGAUUUUAGGUAAGACGAGUCUUAACUAUCGAACUGACAUCUGGCGGCGUGAAUUUCAAUUAGACACUAAUGGCUUCCAAUACUCGUGAAGUUCUUGGCUUCGUUCGCGUGUAAUUAUUCGACACUUCGAUUGUCACGAUUGUGAUUAAAAUUAAAAAAAAACUAUUCACAGGAGAAACUGUAUCAUUCAUUUUGAUAAGUGAAAUCAAAAUAUAAUGUAUGCCAUGUACUUUUCAAUUUAUACGGAGGAACGGAAAAGGAGACGAUUCCUUAUAAAUAAGUAUUAUUAGCAAGUAUUAUUAGCGAAAAGUGGAAACAUUAAGAAUUACAGAAUUAAAAAAUUCAACAGAAAAUAUUAACUCGAUAUUCCUUGCAUAUUAUAUUUAUCAGAACCUAGAAGAACUAGUUCUUCUUUUUCUUUUAUUAACUGAUGUACCAGAGCCUGUUUAUUACCAUUACUAUUGUUUUAUUCUUCUAUCAGUAACUCAUCAAUUUCUUUUUAUUGGCUCUAUACUGAAUAAAUUGAGGAUUCUCUACCGUAGACUAGCAAAAUCAAUCUCUCUCCGUGCAACACGACAAUCCUAAUUGUGAGAUCACAGAGCAUUGUUGUCACCUGAUACAGUUCCUUUCGGAUGAAUCGAAUCGGAAUUUGCAGAGCAAUACCUGGUUUCUAAUUAAAUCACGCGAUACGGAAGCCUUUGAGAAUCGGAGCGCCUUCUCCAAAAUGUUGAUCAAAUUCUAUUGAAAAAUUCUUGAAACUAAUGAGACCUAUCGAAUGCACUUUUGCACCCAGAAUAUCCUACAAAUUAAUAGAUCUGUGGAAGAGAAUUUCGUAGGAGGAUAGAAAAGGAAAAUGGGGGGUCUAUCGAGCGCUUGUGAGAGCGUGAUCCCUCUAGCGGCGAGCA